AUGUUUUCCAACUUUGGAUCCUCCAUGUUUGGGGGUGGCAUUCCCAGUUUUGGGAUGCCUAUGAACAAUAAGUUUGAAGAAUAUUUCCGAUGUUAUCCCAUAGCCAUGAUGUCAGAUAUGAUUCGUAAGGAUGAUGCAAACUACGGAGGCAAAAUCUUUCUUCCGCCAUCGGCUUUGAACAAAUUGACUAUGCUACAUAUAAGAUAUCCCAUGUUGUUUGAGCUCACGAAUGAGCAAGGGAAUUUAACUACGCAUAGUGGUGUUUUGGAGUUUACGUCUGAAGAAGGAAGGUGCUAUAUACCGCAAUGGAUGAUGAACACUUUACAACUACAGCCUGGAGGGUUGAUAAAAAUCAGCAACUGUGAUUUGCCAUUGGGUAAAUUUGUCAAGAUUGAGCCCCAAAGCGUUGAUUUCUUGGACAUCACUGAUCCAAAAGCUGUAUUGGAAAAUGUUUUGAGAAAAUUCUCAACACUUAGUGUCAAUGAUGUGAUUGAAGUGAAUUAUAACGAUAGCAUAUAUGGUAUAAAAGUAUUAGAGGUGAAACCUGACAGUACUAAUCGUGGUAUUUGUGUUGUGGAGACUGAUUUGGAAACCGAUUUUGCCCCACCUGUAGGGUAUGUUGAGCCCGAAUUUACCCCAAAAAGCACAACUUCUUCAAGUCAGCAGCAGCAGCAGCAGUCUAUAAAUUCGACCAGUGUCAACCAGGGAGCAGGAGCUGCAACAAUGGCAAAGUCUAUAAAUUAUGCUCAAAUCGUUAGCGAUGCAGUAAAUGGAGGCUCGAAAUUUAGUGGAUCAGGGCAGAAGUUAUCAGGGAAAAAAAUUGAAAAUGAUCGGUCCUCAAAGGUAUACAAGGUGGAUGAUUUGGAUUUAAACGCGCCUCCUGUGCCCUUGACGCUUCCAGAAAGUCAAUUGUUUUUUGGGUUCCCGGUUGUGCUUCCUACCCAGGAAGAAAUCAAUGACGAGACAAAAGAACAAGCGAAAAGAGAGCAAGUGUUUAUUGGGUCAGGUCAGUCGCUCCGACAAAGCAAAAAACGCAAAGACAAAAAUACAAAUCACCUUUCGUUGAAAAAUCACGAAAGAAGUCCGGAUGUAAUAGAAAUUGAUUAA